ACUGAAUUUGCCCUUGACUGUUGUAGUAUCAACAGCAUGACUGCAGCGGUGACGUUUUUUUUCUUCUGUUUACUGAAUAUGAGAUCAGUUGCUAUUGGUAACGCUUCUAUUGCCCAGUGACUCCUACUUCAUUCUUUUUGUGAAAAACAAACAACCGAACAUAAUCGUAAAUCAUCCUUCGAUUUACACGACACACGCAUGCUGUUUCUAAACAAACUUGUUGUUUCUGGUAACAUUUAAGGUUACAUACAAACUCUAAAACAAGUCAAAAAUUCGCAAGACAGACAUUUUUUUCAAACGUAUCCAAAGAGGCAACUGGAAUUUGUAUUGUUUUGUUUAUUAUUUUAUUUAUUAUAUAUUAAACUGUGAAGAACACAACGGCAAAUGUUUGAGUAUUGUUGAUGGAGUGGAGUUAAUCUGACGGACGACAAAACAAGCACAGAAGCAGAGUCCAGAUAGCUGCUGGGCUAUCCUCUGGGCAAACAUGGACAAAUAUGAGAACCUGGGGCUUGUCGGUGAAGGCAGCUAUGGAAUGGUGAUGAAAUGCAGGAACAAAGAAAACGGAAGGAUAGUUGCAAUAAAGAAAUUUCUGGAAAGUGAUGAUGACAAAACGGUGAAGAAAAUUGCCAUGAGAGAAAUAAAGUUGUUAAAGCAACUCAGACAUGAGAAUUUGGUCAAUCUUCUUGAGGUGUGCAAGAAAAAGAGACGCUGGUAUCUCGUGUUUGAGUUUGUGGACCGUACUCUCUUAGAUGAUCUGGAACAGUUUCCAAAUGGACUUGACUACAACAAAGUCAAAAAAUAUCUCUUCCAGAUUCUGAGGGCCAUCACUUUUUGCCAUCAUCAUAGUAUUAUACACCGUGAUAUAAAACCUGAGAACAUAUUGGUAUCUCAGUAUGGGGUUGUCAAAUUGUGUGAUUUUGGUUUUGCCAGAACGAUGGCAGCCCCUGGUGAGGUAUAUACUGAUUACGUGGCCACACGCUGGUACAGAGCUCCAGAACUACUCGUAGGAGACACAAAGUAUGGCAAAGCUGUAGAUGUAUGGGCUGUUGGUUGUUUGAUUGUUGAGAUGCUUACAGGAGAACCUCUUUUCCCAGGAGAUUCUGAUAUUGAUCAGGUGUAUCAUGUCAUGAGGUGUUUUGGUAAUUUAACCCAAAGGCAUCAAGAACUAUUCUACAAAAACCCAACUUUUGCAGGAGUGAGACUCCCUGAAAUAAAAGAAAUGGAACCUCUGGAAAGACGUUUUUCAAAGCUAUCAUCAGUUGUUUUAGAUUUGGUAAAGAAAUGUUUACAGAUUGAUCCAGACAAUAGGCUGUCCUGCAGUGAGCUGCUGCAACACGAGUAUUUUAACAAAGAUGGCUUUGCUGAAAGAUUCACACAAGAGCUUAAUACUAAAAUCCAGAAGGGCCUGAAAGAGAACACUCCUGUACCCAAAAAGUCAAAAAUGACAAAAAGGGAUAAAGACGAUUCAUUAGUAGAGGAUAAGAAACUAAGAAGCCAGGACUCUAAUGCAGAUAUAAAAAACAAAGAUAAUAAACCCAAUGUCAAAAUAAGGUCAAAAGAGUUGAGAGCCGAGGUUGAAAAGCUUGGCAGAUCAGCUACUACAAAUGGGAAUGAGAUCCUGGAAAAGACUACCGAAAGCAGGGCAAGCCUCAGCAAGGCUGUGCCUCCAUCUCUUAAAGAUGUAAAUGGCAACCAUGACCGUCCCAAGUCUCCAGCGGGGACCCUCAUUCCUCCCAUCUCACACUAUCCUUUAGCCAUCACAACCAGCUGCAUGAACCUGAAUGCUGGGUCUGGGACUGUUCCAGGACCUCACAGCUUCAGGGCAAAUGAGAAGAUGAAAAAACAUAUGCCCCUUUUUAAAAAACAAAGCCAACAACCCAUGUCGAGUCACUACAAUGUAAGCCUUGCUGCCCGGUUCCCAAAUGAAAGGAGUGGUAUUCAAGAGCGGUCAAUUCAUACUGAUCGAAUGGGGCAUGCAAUCAAGAAAAAAUGGGAAUUCUGCAAAUCAGAUGUUCAUCUCCCAGAACUGAACAGUAAUCAUCUACCUGAGCUAAAAGGAGUCGAAGGCAAAAAUUCAAAGAUAUUAAAGAAAGAAAACAGGAAAGUUCCAGAAUCCCGUAUACCUUCUCUAGCUGCAAUGGACCUUCACUCCAGUGUGCCUUCGCAACAGAUAUCUGGAAGCUCAUUUCACGAACCCACAGAAGCAAACUUCCCCCGUGUUGAGUACUAAACCGUGGUGUUUUUAGAGCAUUACUCUGUACAAAUUUACUCCUAUCUACAGAAUCCGUUUGUAUACAGUAAUGG